AACAUUUCCCGGCUUUGACAAGUGCCCGAGAAUUCCAGUGUGUGCCGAGACGAUCGCGGAUUAUUCAUUUAAAUUGCAUACAAUUGGAACUUGACACUCAGGCAAAGUGGGAGCAUUACUUGGCAAACUAAGUUUGCAUUAUUAACUGAAUAGCGGAGUUCGUGGUAAAGAUGCAGAGAAUCGCAAUAAUUGGCGGCACCGGCAUGACUGGGCAAUGUGCCGUUGACCACGCGAUAAAACGAGGGCUUCAAGUGCGCUUGCUGUAUCGGGACGAGGCCACAGUACCAGAAAAGUUCAAAGGCAAAGUGGAAUUGGUUAAGGGAAACGCAACAAACUUGGACGAUGUUCGGAAUGUUCUCAAGGGCGUCGAAGGAGUUUGCAUUGUUCUCGGUACCAGGAACAAGGUUGAGCCAACAAUAGAACUCUCCACGGGGACACAGAACGUCAUUACAGCCAUGAAGGAGCUCGGCCUGAACAAAGUGUCUGCGUGUUUGUCGAGCUUCCUCUUCUACGACGAAAGUAAGGUGCCCCCAGUAUUUCACAACAUCAACGCUGAACAUAAGAAAAUGCUGGAAACUCUCAAAUCGUCUGGGUUUGACUACGUAGCAGUCUUACCGCCACAUAUUGCUGAUGAGCCGUCUGGCGAGUUCCAGGUAAAACAUGAUGCAGCCCCAGAGGUGCGAGUCAUCUCCAAGUUUGACUUGGGCAAGUUUUUAGUUGAUUCACUUGAACAGCCAGAGCACUAUAAGUCGGUUUGUUCCAUUUGUAAGAAAUCUUAAAAGUUCCAAAAUUCAUCCUUAAAUCCAAAUACGCGACUCAAUUAGGGGUUGGAAAAAAUGUCUGGUUAAAAUUAGUAUAAGUGUGGUAUCAAUGAAGAUUUUAAUUUGCAUUUAAGAUCCAAUUUCUAAUACAAUUCAGAAAAAUAUACAAAUGAGAAAUUUAA